UACUUAUUUUUAGUAGUUUUCAAUAUACAUUGGGCUCGAAAUGGCUGAUGUGCGUGAUAUUCUUGAACUGGAACGUCCAGUAACGCCAGAGUUAACCAAGGAAGCGUUGUUAAACUCCAAGAAGCGAACUGUGGAAAGGAAAAUCGUUUCCAAACGGCCGGAAGGCAUGCACCGCGAGGUGUUCGCCCUGCUCUACAACGACAACAAGGAUGCACCACCACUUCUUCCUACGGAUACCGUGUCCGGGUACAAAAAGACAAAGGCCCGGUUGGGCAUGAAAAAAGUUCGGCACUGGGAGUGGGCUCCGUUUUUCAAUCCAGCACGUACCGAUGGAGCCGUCUUUCAUCAUUGGAAGCGUACGUCGGACGAACAGCGAGAGUAUCCAUUCGCGAAGUUGAACAAACAGCUCGACAUUCCUACGUACACGCUGAACGAGUACAAUGCGCAUCUGAAAACGACCAAAUGGACCAAGCAGCAGACGGAUCAUUUGUUCGAUCUGGCCAAACGAUUCGACGUUCGGUUUAUCGUAAUGUGUGACCGUUGGGAACGAGCAAACUAUGGCAUUAAAUCGGUAGAAGAUCUGAAGGAGCGCUACUACGAGGUAGUGGGCAUACUGAACAAGGUGCGCAACAGCAACGGUCCGGGAGUGUCGGAGAAGAAAGUGUACGUCUUCGAUGCGGAGCACGAGCGACGCCGAAAGGAGCAGCUGAAGAAAUUGUUCGACCGCACACCGAAGCAGGUCGAGGAGGAACAGCAGUUACUGAACGAGCUGAAAAAGAUCGAAGCACGCAAGAAGGAACGAGAGCGCAAGACGCAAGAUCUGCAGAAACUUAUCUCACAGGCUGACCAGCAGCAGACUGAGCAUCAUCAGAAGGAGCAACAGCAACAUCACCAUCCAAACCAACCGCACGGCCAUCAGAACACAUCGCACAAAAAGCAGGACAAGAAGCUCAACAAGAAAAAGAUUCAACAGCAGCCACGCACCUCCAAGGUGGACUCGGUGGUCAGUGCGGUGGAGAGUGCUGGUAUUAAGUUUACCGACCUUCGCGGUACGGGUGUAUCGCUGAGGUCACAGAAGAUGAAGCUACCCGCGAAUGUUGGCCAGAAGAAAGCGAAAGCGCUCGAGCAAGCACUGCAGGAGUUUAAGGUCGAUCCGAAUCCACCGCCAAUCGAGGAGAUUUGUGUAGCGUUUAAUGAGCUGCGAUCGGAUAUGGUGCUGCUUUGCGAACUGCGUACCGCGCUGGCCACGUGCAACUUCGAGCUGGAGAGCUUGAAGCAUCAGUAUGAGGCACUUUGCCCGGGAAAGACGCUAAAUAUUCCGGCCGCGCUUAUAAACCCACCGGCGGACGAUUCGAUGGGAGGAAUGGACGGUGCGGAUGGUGGCGCAAUGAUGUAA